AUGGAAGAAAAACGACGGAAGUACUCGAUCAGCAGUGAUAACUCAGACACCACUGACAGUCACACCACGUCCGCGUCCAGAUGCUCCAAAAUCCCAAACACCAAAUCCAGCUGGUCCCGGCAGAAGGAGAAGAAGCCCUCUGAGGUAUUCCGCACGGACCUGAUAACGGCCAUGAAGAUCCCCGACUCCUUCCAGCUCAGCCCCGAGGAGUACUAUGUGCUGGCAGACCCCUGGCGCCAGGAGUGGGAGAAGGGCGUGCAGGUCCCGGCCAGCGCCGAGGCCAUCCCUCAGCCUGUGGUCAGAAUCAUACCCCAGCUGGAGAACCUGCCUUCCCCGGUGUCCCCCAGCAGCCUGCCGGGCUCUGAGAUUUCGGAAGCCACGAGGACGUACCUGCAGGGCGUGAGCCGCUACGACCUGGACGAGCUGGACGCCUGCUGGUUGGAGCUCGUGAACAUGGAGCUCAAGGAGAUGGAGAAGCCCGAGCUGGAUGAGAUCACCCUGGAGAGAGUGCUGGAGGAGCUGGAGACGAUGUGCUACGAGAACAUGAACAUUGCCAUUGAAACAGAGGAGGGCCUGGGCAUCGAGUACGACGAGGACGUGGUGUGCGAUGUCUGCCGCUCGCCAGAGGGGGAGGACGGCAACGAGAUGGUGUUCUGCGACAAGUGUAACGUCUGCGUGCACCAGGCAUGCUACGGCAUCCUGAAGGUCCCCAUCGGCAGCUGGCUGUGCCGGACCUGCGCGCUCGGCGUCCAGCCCAAGUGUUUGCUGUGCCCGAAGAGAGGGGGAGCACUGAAGCCCACUCGGAGUGGGACGAAAUGGGUCCACGUUAGCUGUGCCUUAUGGAUACCUGAAGUUAGCAUUGGAUGUCCUGAAAAAAUGGAACCCAUUACGAAGAUCUCACAUAUCCCAGCAAGCAGAUGGGCUUUGUCCUGCAGUCUCUGCAAGGAGUGCACUGGGACCUGCAUUCAGUGCUCCAUGCCUGCCUGCGUCACUGCGUUCCACGUCACCUGCGCCUUUGACCACAACCUCGACAUGCGGACUAUUUUAGCAGACAACGAUGAAGUGAAGUUCAAGUCCUUCUGCCUGGAGCACAGCGCCGGUGCCACCAAACUGCCCGAGGAGGCACGGGCAGAGCCUGACCAAGCCCAGCUGGACCUGGAGAAGGUGACGCUGCGGAAGCAAAAGCUCCAGCAGCUGGAGGAGGACUUCUAUGAACUCGUGAAGCCUUCAGAGGUGGCAGAGAACCUCGAUUUAAGUGAGUCGCUGGUGGAUUUUGUCUAUCAGUACUGGAAGCUGAAGAGGAAAGCAAACUCCAACAAACCGCUGCUGACACCAAAAACGGAUGAAGUGGACAACUUGGCUCAGCAGGAGCAGGAUGUUCUCUACCGACGCUUGAAGCUUUUCACACACCUCAGGCAAGACCUGGAGAGGGUUAGAAAUCUCUGUUACAUGGUGACGAGACGGGAGAAAAUGAAACACACCAUUUGUAAACUCCAGGAGCAGAUCUUCCACCUGCAGAUGAUACUCAUCGAGAAAGAUCUUUACCCAGAACAAACUGGGAAGAAGACAAAGGGUAAGAAAAGUGACCCGAGAAGGAAAGGAAGAGAUGGUAGAAAAAAUAGCCCAGAGAAGAAAGAAAAAAGGAAAUCAGUCAACGAAACUGUGUUGGGACAACUGGGCUUGUCGACUUCCUUCCCCAUCGACGGGACCUUCUUCAACAGCUGGCUGGCGCAGUCGGUGCACAUCACGGCCGAGAACAUGGCCAUGAGCGAGUGGUCCCUGAACAACGCGCACCACGAGGACAGCACGCCCGGCCUGUCCGAGGAGCUGCUCCAGGACGAGGAGACGCUGCUCAGCUUCAUGAUGGACCACUCCCUGAGGUCCCCCUUCAAACAGAGCGAGGCCGCCAAGAAGGUGAAAAGCAAAACGAGAACGAACACUAAGAAAAAACUGCCCCGGAGCGGCCUGACCGCCGUCUUCAGGAGCCAGCAGGAGGGCUCGGAGCGGUGGACUAACCACGCCAGCGACCUGUCGGACGACGCUGCCAAGCCCUGCGCCCAGGAAUCGCGGCCCGGCAGGUCGGAGAAAGGGGCGGCGAGGCCCGCGGACCGCAGGGGAUCGGGUGAGGCCAAAAGGGCAGCGAGGAAGGGGCCCGGCCCCAAAGGCGGCGACGCACCGGCCCCGAGGGGCUGCGCUGGAGAGGAGGAGGCGGUGGUGGCGGCCAACGGCGCUCGGCCCGAGCCCAACCCCGCGGCUCAAGUGCCUGACCCCGUAGGUAGCCCAAAAACCGUCGUGCGGUUCAAAUUACCAAAGGAGAGCCGAGGGACUCGGCGCUCGCAGCCCCCCAAGACCGACGGCGCCGGAGGGCCCCCCCUGCGCCGCUUCGAGGCCGAGACGGACGGCUACUUCUCCGACGCCGAGAUGAGCGACUCGGACGGGGAGCCGCGGGGCGGCCGGGCGCAGCGGGGCCAGCUGGAGCCGGGGGGCGAGGAGAUCGUGCGGAUGAGCAUCCUGGCUUCCUAACGGCGAGCGGCCGCCCUGCUCCUCCCAUCACAACUGCCAUGUCCGAUUUCUGCCUGGUAUCGCAGCGAGAGGGGGAUUUUUAAUCUGUAUAUAUAGUUGGAAAUUCGGCACCGUUGUCUUUCUCUUCUCUUUUUGCCUGAGAUACAGCUUCAGCUUCACCGACGUAGAUCGCCGUGACAGUGGUUGUCCCCUCCGGUGGCCCCCGGUCCCUGCGGGGGUGGCCGCGCAAUGGGCAUUAUUCCAGAGGGGCACAUCUCCCCCCUUGGGCUGGAUCGGGGUGAGGGCAGGGGCCGGGAGCUGAGCGGGGAAACCAGCCACGGGCACGUGCAUCAACGAGGGAAGAAAGUACGUGAUGCUGAAAUAAAUAACGACAAAAGCACAACGAGCUUGGGGGGGUGGGGGGAGAGAGCGCUCGGGGUGGGAGGGAGCCCCGUUACGUUUGUGUUUGUAGAAAAACCUCGGCCGUUGCUUUUCCCCCUCUGAUCGAAAACAUCCGAGCUUGUCCCUGUCCCCGAGGUGGCACCUCGACCCCGGCCCCCAGAAGCGGUUGGCUCAGGUUCAUGGGUUAGCGCUCAGCAAGCCGGAAUGGAGGCGUGGGGAAGGACAGAGCCGGGGAGAAACCCUGGAGGAGCAAUGGGGGGACCGGGAGCCGCAGCCCACGGUGCCACCUGAGCCCUCCCUGCACAGCAGCGUGCUCAGCCCCAGGCGAGAUGGGCUGCACCUGGGGGGAAGGAGCGUGCUCAUCCCUCUGGUUUUCCGACGAAACGCUGCAGUGGGAAUGGUGAAUUGAUUCCUCCCCAUCCUUUAUCCUUUUUUUUUUAUUAUUAUUAUUAUUAUUAUUAUUUUUUAUUUUAAAUUCCUUAAAUCCUGGUUACGAGCUGUUGACUCCUUGUGGGAGGGUGAUUCACAGAAGCUGACGUUAUAAAUAGGACAAUAAUUUAAUGCAUAAAACGUCCCCAGUAAGCCUUAAAUGUUGUUCAAAGCCCACGUUACCGACGAGUCAGGCGAAUUUCCGUGUUUGCACUUAAUUGCACCAUUACUUCGGUUUUGGCUUCAAAGGUCACAGUGAAGUCGCGCUACGUGUUUUAUUGGAGUGACCCCAGUGUGAGCUCAGGGAACAAAAAAAAAAAAAAAAGGAAUUCACUGAAACUUUUGUUGUUGUUGUUUUUUAAAAAGAAUAAUUAAAAAAAAAAAGCUCAAAAAAAAGAAAAAAAAAAAAACUAACUAACUAACCUGGGACACUUCUGCAACUGGUUAAACCCAUCACUUCAAACAGAAAACCUUACCGUUGUCCAACAGAGCAGUCAAAUCUUUUUGUGGAUGCCAAAGAAUACGUUGACAGUCGAGCAGCACAGCCAGAAACCGGAAACUUGUCACUAGGAACAAUUGGGAGUUAUUUAGCAACCAAGGACUAAAGACACACUCAUGCACACUGCUGCGGCGUUAGGUUCCAAGCUUGCUGAAGGGGUGCUGAGCCCGCGCCCCUCCGUUUUGAUUUCCAGUGCUUUUUGCUCAUUUCACUGUGAGCUUUCUUCUGAAACUCUGAGACUCCUUUAACCGACUGUCCGGGUGUUUUAGAGUAGUUCAUCUUUAUCAGCCUUCAGAGAGUCCUCAUUAGCGGGCAGCUUGCAGCCCGGCUGACCCCAGGCGGAUGGGAACCGCGGAUCGGCCGAACGGGACCCGCCUCCGUUAGGUGGGAAAUGGAAAUCUGCUCGUUAAUUAAGGCUCGGUAUGUUCAGAUAAUGUUAAAUACAGUAAAUAGGACUUAGUUUAUCUUAUCAGGCUUGCUAGCUUUAGCUACAGUAUCCUAGUAUAAGAGUCAUACCAAUAAUCAAUAUGCUGCCUUUUAAUGAAUCUUGCUUCCGUGUGCUUCACUCAGUUAUGGUUAAACAAGAGCAAUCCACGACUUUUCACUGUACACAGCUCCACGCAUCGGCUUCUGCACUCCUCGUCUUCUCAGUACAGGAAAGCAAACGGGGGGGACCCUGCGGAACCCCAGCACGGCCGUGGUGCUUUGGCACCGGGCUGGGAGGAGCUGGGGGCUGGGGGAGGGCUGCGUGACCCCCCCCCCCCCCCAAGAACGAGGCACAAGGGCCCUAUUUUUGAUGACGCCGUAAAAUGUAUUUUGAGAUGAACGGAAAGAGAAUCUAAGGGUUUAUUUUGUUAGAGGAAAAACAAAUAUAUAUAUAUAGAUAUAUCUAUCUCGUCUUCUCAGAUGCCUGAACUGCAGGAAUUGGACGUUUGCACUGUCAGAGCGCCCGUCGCCUCGGCCGUGGGGCAGCCCUACGGAGCAGCCCCAGCUCCCAGCUCCCAGCUCCCCGCACCCCUUCCUCCUCGGCCCCUCUCCCCGGGGCCGGCGCUGCUGGUUCCUCCGGGUCGCCCCGUUUGCUCCAUCCGCACACAGCCCAGACCCACUCACUCCACGUCAGUCACAGGAAAAAAAAACGAUAUGAAUGUCGCAGGAGGAGGAAACCCUUCUGUUUUUCUUUGUUUCAAAGAACGUGAUGUGCCAUUUGUUAAUAUAAAAAAAAAAAGAGAAAUAUUGAAGAUAUAUUGAAAAGAGCAAUUUUAAAUUAUUUUUGGCUUAUGUUGCAAUAUUUAUUUUCUUGUAUUAGAAAUUCCUUUGUAGAGAAAAAAAAAAUGUAUUUUUCAUUAAUGCAAAAACCUAUUUCUCCUUUUUGUACAUUUUCCAUGUUAGUUAAUCCUUAAAGCAAUAUAAUGUUAUCAAACUUGUUCUGUGUGAGACUGUAUUAUGCAUGCUCUUUGUGUUGCCUUGGAAUAGCUCUGUCUGCCGUUAUUUUCAUCCUGUUUAGGUACAGUGUAUGCUUUAAUACACAUUGGGACCAUGGCCCAUUGCUUACGAGAGAAAAACAAAACAACAAAACGAAACCUUCGCAUUCCUCAAUGUGUUGGCAAAUGCAGUCAAUAAAGCAGUGUUUUAUGUGUG